GUCAAAUGUUGAAAUGUCAUUGUCAACAAAGGCAGGGAAACGACGACUGGGGGCAAAAGUCAAACAGUUUGCUGCAGUGUGGUAUUAUAAAGUGAAGGUUUUUAAUUAAUUUAAUUCAGUUCAGUUUUACUCUCCUAAAAAUAACAUAACUGAUGGUGUUAUCCAAAUAAUUCAUUCUGCAGUAAGUCUAAUCGCUGAAUCGAUUGCAUUACUGUUAAUUUUCCGAUACGAAGUAAACUUCCUGCUAUCGAAAUGAGUAAACCCCUGUCUUUACAAGAAUUGUACGCGAUUUACAAGCGCUGGGUGAUAAAUAAUCCCGGCCUUGUGACGGACGUAGAGACAGUAGCGACGUGGUCUUCUUACUUCGUGGCUGGAAAGAUAAACAAGUCGCCCAUAGUAUCAGAGUUGGUAUACUCACUCUCUAAACUCGUUUCGCUGUUCAACGACAGACUCAUUAGAGAAGCCUAUGGAACUGAGGAACCAUAUUACGGUCUUCGGGAGCAGAUCAAGCUAUGGCUGACAAUAAUUCACUACUGUGAAGUAUUUAUCGAGCUUUUAGUUAAACAUAGAUGGGGCACAAAAGGCAAGUGGACUGUAGCCACAUUACUUCAAGUGUUCAAAUGUUCUUCAGCUUUAGUGCUACUGUUCAGGUUCAAGGAACUGCCAAUAGCACACCCACCAGUAGCUGUACUACAGAGAAAGAAGUUUACUGAAGGUAAUGAGGCUGAUGAGAACUCUAAUUCAUUUUUCGCUCUUCGGCGAUCAGGGCGCCUUGUGCGACGCAUUGAUGGAGCGCCAUCAGUAGCCUUCCGUGACUGGGAGCCUGUGAAAAUUAAAGAUGACCGACCGGGUGCAGCUGCUAACAUAACAGACCUCAUUUAUGCUGAGUCAUUACAUAUAAUGAAGCCUUUAAUUCAUUUAGCAUCUAUGAAAGCAUUUGGAACUAAAGCAUGGAAGCAGUGGGUCGUUGCUCUCUGCUUGGACAUGGUGAGCCUAAAACUGUACAGUAAAUACAUGAAAGACUUUUCACAUGAGCAGCGACUGGAAAUAAGUCGUAGAAAGUUAGGCUUAGUGUUGUACCUUUUGAGGAGUCCUAUGUAUAAUGGUUACUCAAAGAAUGUUAUAGAAAAUGGUUUGAAUUCUAUGUCAGCGAAGAUACCAGCUAUGUCCUUCAUAUGUGGCCCAAUCAUUCAAUACCUGAGUCACUGGCAAGACAUCUACUUUUACAUGUGGGCUUCAUAAAUAUAGUAAAAUUUUAUAGUGUAAUGGAGAAUACGAAUUGAUAAAGAA